ACUUUUGGGUCGUGUGUCCUAUUGGUGGAGGAAUGCUUGUUACCUACUCCUUUUUAAGUUCCCAAAUUCCCCAAAGAAGCCUAAGGCCAAACCAAACCAAACGUAUCAGAAUAAACAAAGAAAGUCCUCUCUCUAAUGGAGCGGUACAAAUGCAAGCUCUGCUCCAGAACAUUCUCCAAUGGCAGAGCCCUCGGUGGCCACAUGAAGGCUCACUUAGCCACCCUCCCUCUUCCCCCCCAAAACCAACAACCACCACUUUCUCCCUCUGCUGCUGCUUCCUUCUCUUCUAAUUCCUCUUCAGAACAAGAACAAGCCACACACGAUGAAAAGUCCCUGAUUUAUGGGUUAAGAGAGAAUCCCAAGAAAUGCUUCAGGCUCGCAGAUCCCGAGUUUGACACGGGCUCUGUCGUUCAAGACAGGGAGAGCGAGACCGAGUCAAAGAACCCAACUCGCCGACGAUCCAAGCGAACCCGAAGGCCCGUGAAUUUGGAACAAAAAAAGCCCAAACUGAGUUUCAUGGAGUCGCCUGAGCCCGUGAGUUCGGUCUCCGACACUUCCCCCGAGGAAGAUGUCGCCAUGUGUCUCAUGAUGUUGUCGAGAGACCGAUGGAGUAAGAACAACAACAUCAACGUUGUUAAUGUUAAUGAUGAUGAUGUUGUCGAAGAGGAAGAAGAAGAAGAAGAGGAGGAGGGUGGGAGAUCAGUACUAGAGAUAAAGUUGAGGAGAGUUCGCGGGAAGCACCAGUGUCAGAGCUGCGGGAAGACGUUUCGAUCUUCACGCGCAUUGGGCAGUCACAGAAGCAUUUGCGAAGGUUCGGGUAACGAUAGUAAAAUCUUCCAAUGCCCCUUUUGUUCCAAGGUGUUUGGGUCUGGUCAAGCACUUGGUGGCCACAAGAGAUCUCACCUCAUGCCUUCUUCUUCCACAACCGCUAAUAAUGAUUCUGUUAGAUUGAAAGAGAGCUUCAUAGAUCUCAACUUGCCAGCUCCGCCCGAAGAUGACGACCUUAGUGUUGUUUCUGAUGCCUGAUAAUUACUUGUUCUUCUCUGCAGCAAUUGGGUAAAGUCCUUUUCUUUUUUUAUAGUAGGUAACGAUAUUUCAUUGCGGUUCAUUGUUAGAUCAGAUGCUUUUGAUGCUACAAUCAUAGCUUAUAAUUUAUGCUCUAUUGUGCCUAGAUUCUCAACUAAAUUGUUACUCUAGGUAACAUCGUAAUCAAUUAAUAUAAGAUUAUUUUAUUUUAAUUA